AUGACAGAGCCUACAGAGAAGGAGAAGAUGCUCCGCGGGGAGCUGUAUCAUGCCUUUACACCGGAGCUGGUGGCCGCGCGGGCCCGCUGCAAGCACGCCUGUAACCGCUUCAACAACGCCGGCGAGGUGUCCCGUCGGCGGCUUGUCGAGCUUUGGCGAGACAUCGUCCAAGACCCCACGCCGCUUCCCCCGCCUCUGGAUGACCCCGCGGCAGACGAGGCCCAGUUCAAGCGCGAUCCCUGGAUUGAGGCGCCCAUCCACAUCGACUACGGCUUCAACGUGCGGGUGGGCGAGGGCGUCUUCAUCAACUUUAACUGUGUCAUCGCCGACACGUGCCUCGUCACCAUCGGCGCGCGCACCCUCAUCGGUCCCAACGUCAGUCUCUACAGCGCCACGCAUCCGCUCGAUCCUGCCGUGCGCAACGGCACCGAAGGGCCUGAGAUGGGCAAGGAGAUCCAUAUUGGAGAGGACUGCUGGAUCGGUGGCAAUGUCACCAUCCUGCCGGGUGUGACGAUCGGCAAGGGAGCGACUAUCGGGGCGGGGAGUGUGGUGACCAAGCUAUCUAUGGAAGACUUGCUGCUGGUGCCCGGCCUGUCACUUUCAGCAAGACAAUGCGGUUCAAUGGCAGAUUCACUGCACCUUAUCCUCCGUCCUCGCUGUAGAACACGUAUCGAACCGACAAUGAGAUUGAUUCAGGCAGAGAUUGACGGACAGUACAAUAAUGGGUCCAGGCCAAUAAUAGGAGGAACUGUAGUAACUCCCGGCUACUAUUCACUCUGUAUUGAGUUAGAAGACGAAUGCUGUAAGGCUGAUCAUGGCGAUUCUUCGAGCCAGCCUCGUACAGUUCACGAAGUCUGCUUAAGUUCCAACUACAUAGCACAAUAG